CACAGACUGCAUACGGGAACACGUCCACUACGUACGUGACACGGACACCACGACGGUGAACGACGGCACGCAGCUAGCCAUGGCAGCAUCCAACGCGCAGCUCCCACUCGACGGCCGCGUCGCGCUCGUCACAGGCGGCUCACGCGGCAUCGGCCGCGAGGUGUCCUCCCACCUCGCCGCCCUCGGCGCGCGCGUCGUGGUCAACUACGCGUCCAACUCCGCCAGGGCCGACGAGCUCGUCGCGGAGCUCACCUCUCGCGGCCACAGUGCGGUCGCGGUUCGCGCGGACGUGUCUGACCCGGACGCCGUGCGCGCGCUCUUCGACCGCACCGUGGAGGCCUUCGGCUCCCCGCCGCACAUCGUGGUCUCCUGCGCCGGCCUCCUCAACGCCAAGUACCCCGCGCUCGCGGACACUACGGUCGAGGACUUCGACGCCAUGUUCGCGGUGAACGUGCGCGGCACGUUCUUGGCCUGCCGUGAGGCAGCCAGGCGCAUCCCACCGAACAGCGGAGGCCGCAUCGUGACGUUCUCGUCGUCGAUCAUGGGCACCCUCCUGCCGGGGUACGCGGCGUACACGGCGACCAACGGCGCCGUGGAGGCCAUGACGAGGAUCCUGGCCAAGGAGGUCGCGGCGAAGGGGGUGACCGCGAACGUGGUCGCGCCGGGGCCCGUGCGCACCGAGCUGUUCUUGGCCGGGAAGGACGAGGCGUUCCUGCGGAGCGUGGAGGAGCGGUCCAUGGGGCGCAUCGCCGAGACCACGGAAGUGGCGGCGGUGGUGGCGUUCUUGGUGAGCGACGCCGCGGCGUGGGUGAACGGCCAGGUCAUCAGGGUCAAUGGGGGCUUCGCCUAAGCGCAAAUGGUGGUCAGAGUUUAUUCAGUGCUGGCAUGUCAAAAGUUGAUAGUACGUCGUUUGAGUGUACAAGUUACUGCAAUUAUCUAUGUAACUCGAUUAAGGUGCUUUUGAUUGUCUAGUCUUAUUGGUUUGCUACUAGUUACAAAAUUCCAAUGUUUUGAAAUGCAA